GAAAUGGAACUAAGCUGCAAUUUGAAGAUCGCCAGAUUCGCAGGCUUUGGUUUGUUGCUGACGCUUAUGAAAAGUCGAUUUAUGUGAAAAUGGAAAUAUAAGGCCCAAGACAAGAAUAUGAGCUUGACUUUGGUGAAAUCACAUUUGUGUUAUUGCGAAGGCCCUGUAAGCUUUGUUCUUGAACCGAUUAGUCAUUAUUGAUAAGAAUAUUUAUAAGAUUAAGUGGCCCAUCUCGGCCAAGUUUUGGGGUCGUCAGUUUCAUCGCCCUCGUUCACACGAUAAAAUGGCAUCAGAUUCGGACGGUUCGGAUUCAUACAAUGGGUUCAACCAAGCCGAGAGACGAAAGGGCCUUCGAAUUUCUUUUGGAAAAUCUCCAACUAUCACAAAACCUUCAACGAAACCAGGAAUAUUGGCAAGCAUGGGGUUUCCCACACACAUUGAAAGACUGAAAUCACACAGCUUAGAAUCUUCAGGAAAAUUGAAAAUUUCUCCAGAAUUGACGUUUGACUUCACUGCGGACGACCUGGUGGAUGAAGGUGAGAUCGGGCGUGGUGCCUACGGUACCGUGAACAAGAUGGUGCAUAAAAAGAGUGGCGUCAUGAUGGCAGUAAAGCGGAUUCGUUCGACCGUAGACGAGAAGGAGCAGAAGCAGCUGCUGAUGGACCUGGAGGUGGUGAUGCGAAGCAACGAUUGCCCUUACAUCGUGCAGUUCUUCGGAGCUCUCUUCAAGGAGGGUGAUUGUUGGAUCUGUAUGGAAUUGAUGGAUCUCUCACUCGAUAAAUUCUACAAGUUUGUAUUCGAUCAAAACCAGACGAUACCAGAAGAUAUUUUAGGAAGGAUAACAGACGCUACUGUAAAAGCGUUGAAUUACUUGAAGGAAAAACUGCAGAUUAUACACAGAGAUGUAAAACCCUCAAAUAUAUUACUGGAUAUGAGAGGGAGCAUAAAACUCUGUGAUUUCGGCAUCAGUGGUCAACUAGUCGACUCGAUUGCAAAGACCCGUGAUGCUGGCUGUCGCCCGUACAUGGCUCCGGAGAGGAUAGACCCGCUGCGGUGCCGGAGGUAUGACGUCAGGUCAGAUGUAUGGAGCCUGGGAAUCACUCUGUACGAGGUCGCCAAGGGAAACUUCCCAUAUCCCAAGUGGAACAGCGUGUUCGACCAGCUGACGCAGGUGGUGCAGGGCGACGCGCCGCAGCUGGCUUACGACGAUCCGGAGUUUUCGCCCGAGUUCAUCGACUUUGUCAACACGUGCCUGAACAAGGACGAGUCGAUGAGGCCCAAGUACAACGUGCUGAUGAAGCAUCCGUUCGUCGUUCGCAACGAGAACAUCCACGUCGACGUCAGCGGCUACGUGCAGCACACCAUCAACAUGAUCAACGAAUCGCAUCCAUCUCCCGGCAACGCCAGCCAGUCCGAUUACUCUUUCUCCUUCUCCGACUAACGCGCGUGCGUCGCGCGGUUAGGCCAUCCAGUCCGACUACUUGCUCUCCUGCUCCGACUAACGCAACCACGCCAGCCGGUACGACUACUCUCUCUCUCCUGCUCCGACUGGUGGCGGCGUCCGGCGGUAAUCCCCAGUGUGAAUGUGGAAACAUGGACACACUGGCAGGUGUGCUGGGAUGUCAUUGCUGCGAUCUGCUCCGGUUUUCGCGUAUUCGGGUAGUUGGGUGGAAGAGAAGUUACAGCGGAGGCUAGCGUCAUGACUAAAAUGUUUCCGAUGCCCACCUGGGUUUCGUGGAAAACGUAGUAGUUUUGCGAGGAAGUGCGGGAGGGAAGUGUAAAGGGGUGGGUGGGUGUCUAGAAGGUUGCUCACACCAGUUGCUGUUCUGCUCUAGCGGUCAGCAUCUGGGCUGUAGUUGAAUGCUUCCACGCACUGCGAGAAUAGCUGCAUCUUAUAUCCACACGCCUCUAGUUUAAGCCAUGUAGCAAGUAUGAUUUUAACGUCAACGAUGGUGUAAGUGAAAUGUUACGACACACAGUGAACGGCAGCUUGAAGGUGCAUCGCAUUUAGUUGUGUAUAUUGUGUAUUGUUGGCACUGGGAUAGGAAACACAUUGGUGUUGCUCCUGUAACGAUGGACAGUUACCGCCACGUUCAAGCAGUCGCUGAGAAUAGCUUUCUCGCUAUUAUGAUUAGAUUGGCCGUGUUCACAUAUUUUAGAAGUUAUUAAGAUUUUAGAUGAUCUGUUUAGAACGUAUAACUUUAUUUUUAGCUCAUAUUGUAUAUUAAUUUAAACUCGAGUAAAAUAAGUUGGAACAAAACAACCAAAUUUACCGUUGACGUAUAAAGUAAAUGUCCACAAUCACUGAUCCACAGGACAAUAUUUGUCACAUGUGCAAUUGCUAGUUGACAGCUGUACCAAUUGAAUCUUGUUGGUGAAACAGUCAUUGGUUGUGUAAUGUUUCACUCUUCCAAAAAUGGCGCAGAUUGAUCAAAUACAAAAUAUUGUGCCAACGUGUAUAAAUGACAGAAAUGUAUAUAUAUAACACUAAUUCUGUCAUGUAGACAGAUAUGUCAGAGAGAUUCAAGUAAAGAUCUCACACUUAGACAAAUCGUGUUGUUUCUGCACAAUAUGCAUAUAAUCUGUAACCUACCUUGUGCAAACCCACGCGUUAGUUAUUUGGCACAUGAUCAGACCAAAAAUGUAUCGGUUGCAGAGAUACACGUCGGCAAGUGUAACCGAUUUUGUGUGCAUGAGAUUCAGUAUUGCGCUGCAUGAUUAGGUACCGUCUCGACGAUAAUUGUAACUGUUCUUAUUCCGGAAAGUCUGCGCGAGUAUCUACUGUACGGUCAAUGCAAAUCAGUCUGUAGUGGGGUGAUCGAUAAUUGUACUACGCCUGUUGUAAAAUGAAGUGAGUUUUCUGCUCGCCGUUACCACUAGGUGUCGCUAGUAGUUGUACGCGUAGAGCGCAAGCGCUUUAUGCCUAAAAAAUCCAAUCUGUCUAUACAUGUAAUACAGUAUUCUGAAGAACGCCGGAAAUAUCCUUUCGCUACAAGUACUUCCGAUCGUAACCAACCUGAGUCUGUAAACUUUAACGGUUCAAGAGUAGUCUCAAUCCAAUCCUCUGUAAUAAUAGUACUUUCAGACUACACUCGGCUGGCCAUAUAGCGGGUGGAAUGAAUCUAUGGUUCCAGGGCCCGUCUGGGUCGAUAGGACAGGACCUGAAUCACGAGCACGUGUGUCUGUUGCCGUGUACGCUUGAUCACUCACAUGCACAUCGAAUUCUCUUUCGUCGGCGGAUCCAUUCCGCGAGACAGUCGGAGAGCGAAAAACUCAAGAAAAACAAAAAUGAUCGAAUUUUGACGAUCGCAAAUCACGAGGCAGGCUCUCCUGGUGCGUCGACGCACAAUAGUUUUUGUGUAAUAUAUCCGCGUGUACAUAUAAUGCGGCGGCGAACGUCGGUGGGUCCGUACGCGCGUAGCAGGCGCCCACUCCUUCGUUUCUUCUCGUGUCAAGGUCGGCGGCAAAUGAGCAAAAAAGCUGCUGUCGUUGUACUGAGCGAAUACGUGAAGAUGCAUGUGUGAGGGAAGUGAUGGGCGGUUUGUGUCGCUGUCGGCUAAACAAUAUUUCAGCGGUGCUCAUGUUUGUAACACAUGCGUACCGGCGGGCGGACUGAGCCAUAUCAGAGGGGCAGAUAUUUGAGUGUCUGUGCCACAGUCGAGUGGCGGGACGUGUGCAAAUUUGCCCAUUACUCUUUUAAACACUCCAGUGCAGUUUUGUGCGUGCAGUUUUGCCCUGUAGUGCUUUUAAAAAUUAAUCGGCUAUAUAUAUAUAUAUAUAUAUAUAUAUAUAUAUAUAGCUUUAUAGUGGAUGUAAAUACGUAGUGGUCGGUUUUGUGCUGUAUUUUAACAGUGAGCUUUGUACUUAUCGAAAAUCGCAUGAUGUUGAGCGUAUUCUGAGAGGUUGACCGUACGUCAGUCUAGCGUUUCUCUCCGGAAUUUCUGUCACGCACAAUUAACGCACACACACACACACACUAUAAUAUCCCGUAUAAUAUGCUAGGUGAGCAUUGCUAAACGCCACGCUAUGAUAGACUGAAAGUGUAUAGUAGCGGCCUCGUGAACAUGCGGUGAUAUCUUUCGCCGAGUCUAUUAUUCACGAACCUUGUAUAUCGAUUUGGUGUGUGUGUGUGUGUGCGUGAAUUCGUGCGUGCGUACGUGCGUGAUUGUAUGUUGAACGGCCACGACAGUGGAAUGGCUUCGCAGACCUUGCUUUAUACCUGGCACGUUAGCCGUUCUGUGUGAAACACUCGUGUGUAGAGUCGGAGCACGUUUAUUUCUGAAAAUAGCGUCCUAUUGCGUUAGCGGUGAUCAGAUUUGUAAACCUUUGCUUGAUGAUGCCAUGUAUGAGAUCGUAGUCACGAGUAACAAUUACUCUACGAUGGGGUAUGACACCAGGUUAGGGCAACCGUAGGCCUACAUAAUAUCAACGACCAGCUAAAACUUUUCAUCUUAAACUGAUAGACAUAGAAAACACAUGUUCACUAUGCAGUCGUUUCACGAAAAUCUUACUAUAUAUGUAAAUAUGAUGUCAUGAUUAAAAAUAAUAUUAUGAACAUAUGUAUAGCCAUACAUACAUCGUUCAUGGUAACAUCAAAAAUAAUCUGGAUUUUUAACGCACAGCGACAUCGGUAUAAUUUCGAGUCAUUGGUUGUUUAUUUACGUUGUACGUUGCUAUUGAGGUUUAAUUUGCCUGUAUCUAUAUGUCAAUCUACUUGCACAUAUCAUAGACAAUACCAGAAGAGAUGGGGGAGAAUCCGUCUCUGAAUGAUGCGCACGUGCUUUCUCGCUAUCUAUGUACGGUUACAUGCUUGUUAGCACGCUCCCCAUACGUAAUGUAUAAUAAUACGUAAUACGUACAGUCUUGCCGACGAGUAGACACUGCACCGAGACGUUAUAAUAUUCCAUACAUAUCCCCUCUUUCCUGUUUGCGUGGCUUCUAUCAUCCCUCCAUCAACCGCGUGUGUGUUGAUGUGCUCAUUCCCCGUUCACACACGACCCCGUUGGUAUCCUUGCAAUCGGUGAUAACAGGUGACGCUCGUUUAGAGUACUUUGUAUUUCUAACUUGUUGUCAUCUAUCAGUAUGCACUUAUCUAGAUAUAUUUAUGAUCUAGUUGACUUAGUAAGUGAGUGAGCCGGCUUCAUACGUGUAGUAUGCGUACUUCAAACUGCAGUAUACGGAAUUAUCGAAGGCAUGCAUGCACUGGUUGCAUGAGAACAUGAAGUAAAUUCUGAUGUCGCGAGACAUGGUCUUAGGUGUAAAAAUGAGUGUGUAAUUGGUUUCCUAUAACGCAACCGUCAAAGAUUGUGAACUUAAUUUUAAAAAAACGGUUGUGUUGUCUGAUAAUGAGGUUUUUCCUGUAAAUUUUGUUUAUACACCUAAUGUAAUGAUUUUUAUAGAUGCUCUUCAUUAAAUUAAAAUUGACACAGGUA